AUGAGCUCGCAGCGUUAUCAAAGGGUUAAUGCCCAUGACGAGGACGACGAAGUCGACUCUCAUUCGUCGAUUCCUCUGCAAACCGCCCCUACGCCCUCGUCUCCGCCUCCCUCAUUCCAUUCUCGUUCCUCUUCCUUCUCAUCAAGAAGACUUCUCCAGAAUGACCCCCAUCGAAGCGAUGCAGACCAGACCCUUGCCGACGCCUUUGGUGACGCCAGCGAUUCCGAGGCAGAUGACGAACCCGAUGACCGACAGCGACUGAUGCGGGCCCAUCCGGAGCAGUCAGCGGGAAGUGGCCGAGAGACUGCCCCUUCAUCGGCCGCCAACAACGAACAACCAUCAUCACAGAGUAAUCAGUCGGGUUCGACACUUCAGAGAAGACCAACAAUACUGCCCAGUUUCAGCACACCCUCGUCAGGCGCAGGUCGCGUGAUCAGUUCGUCAAAUGACGGAGUCUUUGCCAACCUGGCGGCCAAGCCAGAACGCGGAGAGAAGAACGAGGAUCUACCUCCGUCCUACGAAGAAGCAGCUGCAGACGCCACACCCCCGUACUGGGAGACCACCAUCUUGGCCCCCGGCAUCUCGUCCGACGAGGUCUAUGUGGAUGGACUGCCCGUUGGCUCAAUCUUCUCCUUCGUCUGGAACGCCAUGAUCUCAAUGUCCUUCCAACUGGUCGGCUUCCUCCUGACAUAUCUUCUUCACACCACACACGCCGCGAAAAACGGUAGCAGAGCUGGUCUCGGCCUCACGUUAGUGCAGUAUGGUUUCUACAUGAAAGGAGGGAGUGAUGGGGGAUCGGGUGAUGGCGGUGCGGACUAUGUUCCUCCUCCAGAUCCCAACAGCCACACCUUUGAUCCAACUUCAGUGUCUGAUGGUUCCGGUGGCAACGGCGGCGGCGGCGCGAUAUCCGAUAUCACCACGAGCGAGUGGGUUUCGUAUGUCUUGAUGAUUGUCGGUUGGUUCAUUCUCAUACGCGCCAUCAGCGACUUCUUACGGGCCCGGCGGCAUGAGCAACUAGUACUACAAAGUCCCGAGCGUGGUCUCAGCGUUCCGAUCAUCGCGGAAGGCGAACGGUCCGAAACGGUUGUAUAG